GUCAUGAAAGACCUGCUCGACUUCAAGUUUGCCGAGCGUGAGAAGAAGUACAUCCACUGGUGGAUCCAGCUCAUGCACGAAGCAGACCGAGAGCAGUUCCCCAACCUCUUCGAUGUGGACCAGAACUAUGGCCUCUGCCACCGACUGGAUCGAGAAACCAGCGGCACGGUGCUCGUCGGCGUGACGAAGAAGUCACGCACGCAGAUGCGUGAGUGCUUCCAUCGCCACUACGUGCGGAAGCUGUGCGAGCGAGGGGAUUGGAUGCAGGUCCAGAGAGAGUUUGGUACUUAUGCUGGUCAGGCGUUGGAAUCUUUUCCUUUGAAUGAGGUGCUGGCAGCUGCGCGCAUCGAUGCAGCCGCAGCGGAAGGUGAUGUUCAAGCUGCAGCACAAAUUUUGGAUGACAUGGACAAGGAGGGUGUCAAGAUCAAUAUUGCACACAUCAACUCUGCCAUUCGCACCUGCUGGAAUGCCAAGGGCGCGUCGCACUCAGCUGCCAAGUACCUCUUUGAUUUGAUCCCAGGCCUCGGUUUGACACCUGAUAUUGUGACCUUCACAUGUUUGAUUGGUGCUUAUACAUCGGCAGACAUUUCCGACAUUCAAGCUGUAUAUGCCAAGAUGAAAGACGUGGGAGUCGAGGUUGACAAGGCUUUUGCCGAAGUUUACUUGGUUACUGUCUUGCGAAAGCCAGCCAGCAAUGAGAUUGGUCCAGCCGGGUUGAGCAAGCUUCCAAACGAUCGUAUACGAGCGGCGAAGGCCGCGCUGAAGGACUUCAAUGCAGAUGGCCUCGAGCUCACGCGCUUAAGUUGCGCCAUUGAGCGCGCUUUACACAAAGUGGAGGUGUGA